CACGAGGAAAGUGGUUUCAUGCACGUUCUUAUAAAUACGUUAACUUCGAUACUGUCUUACACUUUUCCGAACGGUUUCAAACAUACAACACUUUUCCUUGUAAAACGUAAUAGUACCGUUCAGUAAAAUAGUAGUGAAUUUUUUUAUUGUAUCGCGUAACAUUAUGGCAAUAAGGAAACUGUUGAUAAUCAUCACUUUCGCUGCGCUGGUGUGCUCAAGCGAAAUAGAAGAUGGUGAACACAAGAAGAGAGGAGUGAAAGGAACAGCGUUGAAUUCAGUUUCAACAAGCGCUCAGAAACCGGACUACACAUACAGUAUUUACACUCAGAAUCCUAGUACGCAGAGUGCUACGUCAAGCCAGGCAUACCAAAAUCAAGUGCCAAAUUCGUACUAUCCCAGCCAGGGUAGCAGUCAGUAUUACACAUCAGGGAAUUCGCAAGCAGAUACAUCGCAAACAUAUCCCGCGCAGUCACAAGUCAAUGCUACACCCCAACAAGGCACAUCCCACUACUUGCCUAUAAACUAUGUUCCAAGUCCUGGAUACCUAAGUAGAUAUCAAGUCGCGCCGAGUAAAACACCAAGCAACGCGCAAGUAGCUUUCGUUCCACAACCAAAUCAUUAUCCGCAACAGCAAAUUUUCGCAUUCCCUCAAAUACCUCAUAGCUACUUUUCGCCGAACACAGCUAAUCAGGUGCAUCCUCAUCAUAAUGCGUUCGUUAGUCAAAUCCCACAAUUUAACUAUCAACCGUUGUCACUAGGAUCAUUAUUCGGGCACCCUUCAGGCACGGUAGUCCUGGGUCAGUCCAGUCAACCUGCACACAACAAUCUUUUGUACCCGAAUCCAGUUCAGAAUUACUUUACUCCGGCUUCUCAGUCUAAUCAAUAUUCACAAAGUAAAUAUUCAUCGUAUGGCUCUCCAGUGCAAUCGGAAUAUGACAAAGUCCAAGGCGCUUUAGCCCAAACGAAAGAAGAAAAUGAGAUUGUGACACAGAAUACUGAAUACGCCGGUACAUCCGAUCCGAAUUCAAGUUACAAGAAUUCUUAUAGCGGCCGUUCUGCUUAUGCCAAAUUGUCACAAUAACUAUUAAUUUAAUAUUACAUUAUAUGCAUGCGAAACGUUUCAAAUAAUAACAAUAUGGAUAUUGAAACGAGAAACGAAGAUGAGAAAAAGUAGUUUUUAGUGGCCAUUUUAAAAAAACAUCAAGACUUUUUAAUUUAAGUAUGAAUAUAGCCAAAUACGGUAAUUGUUAUAUUUUGUCACAAUAUAGUAAAAAUUUUGUAUAGCAGCUGCGUUGAUGUUAUUUAAUAAAGGUUUUACGAGGAGA